CGAUGGCCUCCUCCGCUCGGAUCGCGUGCGCGCUGCUCUUCGUCUGGGUUCUUCUCUCGAGACCCACCGAAUCCAAGCGGAACCGAGGCGCGAUUCCUCACCCAGACAAGAACAACCCGAACGAGUCUGGCCAGCAGCAGCAGCAGCAGCAGGCGGCCCCGGGCUCCAGAGGCAGGAGCCGCGGCUCGGAGGAGGUUCUGGAGUCGAGCCAGGAGGCGCUGCAUGUCACCGAGCGCCGCUACCUGAAGCGCGACUGGUGCAAGACGCAGCCGCUCAAGCAGACCAUCCACGAGGAGGGCUGCGUCAGCCGCACCAUCAUCAACCGCUUCUGCUACGGACAGUGCAACUCCUUCUACAUCCCCAGACACGUGCGCAGAGAGGAGGGUGCGUUCCAGUCCUGCUCGUUCUGCAAACCCAAGCGCUUCAGCACCAUGACCUUCACCCUCAGCUGCCCCGACCAGCAGCCGCCGACGCGGAAGAAGCGCGUGCAGCGCGUCAAACAGUGCCGCUGCGUCUCCAUCGAGCUGGACUAGACCCGAGAGCGACGCGUCAGUAAGAGCACGCUUGAUCU